CCCCUGAUCAGCCAUGUCCAAAGUCCCGCAGCAGCACAGCUUGCUGGGCAGCUUGAAACUCUUGGAAGUCUUAGAGGCGGAGGACAUCACACAGACGGAGGUGAACGAGAAGGUACAAACUCUGAAGAACGUAUCGAAAGGGGCGGCGAAAGAGACUUCAAACAAGUCGAAUGUAUCGGAGUCGAAGAUCCCUGGUUUAUCGGCGGAUUCUGCCCGUCAGCUGAAAAAGAGAAAGGAACAGCAGGAGAAUAUCCACUCCCUUGAGGAAUACAUCAAGUGCUGUCGCCAAGAACCGAAGGCCAAGCUCCAAUUUCUCGUCCCACCGAGUCGGGCACAAAGCUUUCUCUCUGAGCAGCGACUUAGUCAUGCGAGUGCGUUGACACCGCUUCGGUAACGCGCAGGGCCCUGGAGAGGCUGGAAUCAAACAUGGCAAGCCAGGAAAUCCCC